AUGGAUAAAUUGAGUAUUUUCUAUUCAAUCAAGUAUAUUGGAAAAAAUAAUGUCAUAGCAACAUAUGGCGAUAAUGACAAGGUUGUAUUUGUUCAUUUGGCGGAACACUGGAAAUACGGAGUCAUGGUUGUGGAUGUUUAUAUAUCAUCGACCUCAGGAAAUACAAAAGUCAAAAGUAGACAACAAUAUAUCAUAAAUAUACUCAGUGCAGCUAAGAUACCGUUUGAAGUAAAAGAUAUAUCAUCCUCAGAAACUGACAAACAAUUUAUGUUCAAAGCUCUCGAAGAAAACGGGAAAACAGUAAUAGCUCCUCAGCUUUUUCUUGGAUCGGAAUACCUAGGGGUAUGUCUACUCAGAUCUUUCUGAAUAACUCGUUUUUUUGUAUGAAUAUGUCCACUAGUAAACUAGCAGCUAUCAUAUUUUGGAUACAACAAAACCUUACCACAUGUAGUUAGUUUAAUCUGCUUUCAACAGAACCAUAUGUUCUGAUCGUAAUGCUGGUUUUCUGCUAGCUGCACCGCUAGAAAAUUCGUCAAGACAUACAAUAUCGAAGGUUUUUUUAUGGUUGUCGGAUGUUGGCAUGGGCUACAUAAUGUAAAUUUCAAGAUAAAUUGGGGCUUCACUCCCAUCUCAUUACUUCGUGUUUCUCUUUCAUUUGCUUUAAAACUCACUUUCAUGGUUCUUGUUGAAGAUUUGUAGGUUUGGUCUAAUUGUAAAUGUUACUUAGACUUAAACUGUAAAACAAAGAAAAUGCUUGUUUAUGCUUCAACAACAGUUUUUCUUAAUGAGAUAGCAACGUAGUAUGCGUACUGUAUAUGUCAAAAAGUCCUGUCGAUCCUUAUUUGUUGAUAAUGGAAGUGCAUAGUACGAGCGGAGCAACCACCAACCCAUCAUACAGCAUCUCAGAUCUAUAGGUAGCUCUAUCAGAUUAUCAUAUGCCGGGACAUUUCUGUUUAGUUGGGGUUCUGGAAAUCAAAUGUGAUUCAGGAUAUAACCUAAUGGUGAGCUGUUUGUGGUUAUAAUGUACUUAAACGCUAAGAUACAUUCUUUUGAGAUGUAGGGUUUAUCUACUCAGUGUUUUCAUUUGCUUUGUGUUCUCAGGUGUUUGCAUUAUUCUUAUCUCUCGAUGUUUCCCUUUCAUUCAUUCAUUCAUUUGCAGAAAUAUGAUUCCGUCUUGCCUGAUAUAUUUCUUGGCAUCAUAAAUGUGAGUAGAGGUUUGUAGGACUAGUAUAUCAAGACUAUCAUGCCAAAGAAAGCAUUAUAAUGAGUACACAAAGAAAUAUAAACCCUCAGUAAUCCACAUAUACUUACAACAAGUUGAACGUCUGUAGAUUUACCUACUAUGCAGUAGUAUUGUGGCUACGGAUGCUGAAAACCCUAUGUUAGUUGCCUAACCAUUUUUGGGUUUUAGUUGUGCUUCUUUAAAUAUACUAUUAGGUUUCACAAAAUUUAAAACUCAAUGCUUGCAGCAUCAAUAAACUGCAGAAAACCUGUUUAUGUUUCUGAUCGAUUAAGUAUUCGGAUACGGUUAACUACUUCCUGCUAGUUGUAGCGAUUGUCACUGAGUGCAUUCCGUCCCGUUAUUGGGGUAAAAUCACUUCAGCAUCAUGUUACACUUUAUUAAAUAGCUAGCUGGAACUUCUGAAAACUCGAUUCUCACGUUCGACUCCGUAUUGUUUAUAAUAACGAACAUAAAGAUAAUCGUUUGGUCUUCUGGGAUGCAGCCUCUGACAUUAUUCAUGAGAUUUAGUGACGAGUUGUGGUCUCCAACUUUCUGCAGAUAUUCUUAUGUGCUUCCGUGUAUUAGAAAGGUGAAAUAUGCAUAAUAAUCAGUGUCUGGCAUCUUAAAUCUAUAUCGACUAAGAUGAUUAGAACAUGUAUUACGUAUGCGUGUUCACGGACUACGUCAACUCACUGUUGUAAAAAUAGGUUUCAAGAAGGUUAGGGGUGGUCAGACCGGAACAUAGGGUCAACUGAUGAAGACACCAACUAUUGGAAUAGACCAUGUAGGUAAGUGCAGAACGCCUGGUUGGGGUUUGCGUGAUCAUCGUAAUCAAUGGUUAAAGACUGGGUAACAUGGCUCAGAAUCGUUUUCAGUAGCACAAGUGAAUUCACUCAUUGUUUUCUCUUAGAUCUUAAGUUACUAAACUACCUAAUAAUUUUUUAUUCCACUAAUCUAUGUUUUCGCAGACCGUAUUCUCAAUGCUUAAUCUUUUUUUGUCAUCACUAAUACCUCUACCAUUCUGGUGUUUAUAUUGACACUUAUAUCUCUGUGCUAAUAGGGUGACUGCUUGAACUUGAUAUGUCAGGACAAAUAUUGAAGAAAUAGCUACGCCUAGAGCUAAUUUACGGAAUACUACCAUAUAUAUUAAGGUAUGAAUAUUAGGUAGCCAGAUUACUUUGUCUACAUAUUCUAUUUAUCAUAAGCUUUCAGUCGACCGUUAUACGACUCACUGUCCCUAAUUUGCUGUCAGUCGAUUACUUUCAGCCUCCUCUAUUCACAGCCACUUUUCUGCUUCUUCAUAUAUACUUGUUGUUUUUUCGUUUUCACAGUCCAUGGUUUAUGGAGAGAAGUUUGAGCCCCUUUGGACAAGCCUCAUAUCAAUCAUAUUAUACCAUUAUAUAGUCAUUUCUUAGCCUUGUCGUUUAGUCUCUGUUGAGAGAGGCACAUUAGUAUAGGGAAAAUUUAAAUACGGGAAGCAAUUCUUCUUUAAAAGUAUCUCUAGUACAUUGUGAUAGGGAUCUUUUAUUUUCCUUGGUGUUAACAGUUACUAGUUCUGGUAAAAUUAUACUUCAUAAUAACGACCAAUAGUGAUAAUAUUGUUAUGAUGAUUUAUAAUUUGAUACACUAAAAGAUGGAUUACAAACCAUACAACAUAAAUAUGGUGGUAGCUAUUUAAACAAAAUAGAAAAAAAUCAAUUUUCAUUUAGGGGUAGUUAGUCCUAAGAUCUUUGAAAUUUUUCACUGGUUAUCACUCAAAGUUGCUUUUCCUUGCAAGAAAUUACAAUGUUUGCAUUGUACCAGUGUCACGUGAUCCUGUGAGUUCCAUGUAAUGCGUUUUACUGGAAUAAAAACUGUUAAUGCAUAAAACUAUCCAUUUUGUGAUUUUAGCUCAUUAACUGGUUGUACUAUUGUUGCAAUUUUAUUUUAGCUUUAUAUUUUUUUAUUUGGACACAAAUAUUGGUACAAGGGGACACCAGAUAUAUAUACGCCUCACAAAUAUUAUUUUAUUUGUGUGAAGGCUGUGAUGCUGCCUGGGUGCUCAAACCGAAGCAGGUGGUUUUCUCAGGAGCCUCCGACCUAAAGGUCUGCUCCACAAGGCAGUGGAGCAUCGUGUGGAGAUGCAGUCCCAUGGUGGCCGGUGACCAACGAUUGAUUCAUACGCCAUUUGUUACUUCAGGAUAUUGGAGCCUUUGUACUCCACUGGUUUGGAAUCAAGGUUUUCCUACUCCCAGGUGGAUUCUCCAUAUCCACCAACCCGGUUAAAGCGCCGAACAUUCUCUUUUCGUCCUCUCAAUUUCGUAUAAAACACCCCCGUCACGAGAAGGCAUUGAGUAGGACUUCCUUCGCAGAAGCUGUUUACGCGUGGCCGUAUGAGAGCAUUUCGAGAGGGAGAGCGGACUAUCCCCACUCUCGGCCGUUCCAGGGCAUUUGUAGGCUAAACUGGAUUAUUAUUAUUGAAUUAACUGAGUAUUACAUUGAACAAAUUACUCAUCUCUCUCUUAUUCACAUUGUUAACCUUUUCCAUAUGUAUCUUUUUGUUUUAAUAGGAUUAUGAUGAAUUUAUUCAAGCUAAUGAAAAUGAAAUGCUAUUAGAAUUUCUAAAACUUAAUGAUUCAUCACGUGCAUCAAGUUUAGAAACUGAAUCAUAAUUUAUAUGUAUAUAUAAUCUCUCCUUACUACUUUAUUCAAUAAAUAAAUAAAUAAAUAAAUAAAGGGAAAUGUAACAUCCCUUGUUGUUGUUUUCACCCUUAACUGAAAAAAAAUUUUUCUGUUUUAAAAAAAAUUUCUUUUGUAUCCCAUUUAUAUGUAAUAUAAUAUGUGUGUGUGUAUGUGUAUAUUUCUCUCUUUUGCUUUCUUUGUUAUUCUACCGCAUCCUUUCAUUGCCAGUUUUGGUGUUUAUUUUAAAUUAUCUUGAUAGUAUUAUAAUCUUGUAUGUUAACUUGAUAUUAUUAUUAUUCUUCUUUAUGCAAUAUGAACAUAGUAACUUGGCAAUAUCUUCUCUUGCUUAAUCAUCUCGGUAUUUUAAUCAAUGUACCUACUUGUGUUUGCCUACUUGUUUUUAUUUUCCGUUUCUAAGCAGCUUCCUAAGUAUAAACGUACUAAUUGUGCUAACAAUAGUUAUUUAUAUUGGGGAUAGGUGAUCUUUUUGUGUUUUAUUUAUUCAAAAUCAUGUGUAUAUUAAUUUAUAUCAGUAAAUAAAAUGAUGU